AUGGCUGCGGCGGCAUCCCCGCGAGGGAAGCAGUGGGGAGAACCCCGCGCGCUCGGCCGGGCGGUGAAGUUGCUCCAGCGCCUGGAAGAGCAAUGCAGGGACCCCAGGCUGGACAUGGGGCCCCCGUCGCUGCGGCACCUGCUGCCCCGCACCGCUCAGCUACUUCGAGAUGUGGCAAAAGCCCGGCGCGAGACCCCGGGAGACCCCGAGGGUCCCGGUGGCGCUGGGGAUUUUCUGGUCAUCUACCUGGCCAACCUGGAGGCCAAAGGCAGGAAGGUAGCAGAGCUGCUGCCGCCCCGAGGCAGAAAGGGUGCGGACGAGGAGGUUUUCCGGGAGAGCUCCAGAUUCAGGAGACAGCUGGCCAAGCUGGCCCUCAUCUUCAGUCACAUGCACACGGAACUGAACACACUCUUCCCUGGAGGGAAAUACUGUGGACACCUAUACCAGGUCACUACGGGCUCUGCCCACACCUUCUGGAGGGAGCACUGUGGAGCCCGGUGCGUGCUUCCCUGGGCAGAGUUCCAGUCCCUUCUAUGUGCCUGCCACCCUGUGGAACCUGGCCCCACCGUGCAGGCCUUGCGUUCCACCAUGGACCUCACCUGUAACGGCCACGUGUCUGUCUUUGAGUUUGACAUCUUCACAAGGCUCUUCCAGCCGUGGCCCACCCUGCUCAGGAACUGGCAACUCCUGGCUGUCAACCAUCCUGGCUACAUGGCCUUCUUGACCUACAACGAGGUCCAAACACGCCUGCAGGCCUUCAGGGACAAACCAGGCAGCUACAUCUUUAGACCCAGCUGUACUCGCCUAGGGCAGUGGGCUAUCGGGUACGUGAGUCCCGAUGGAAGCAUCCUCCAGACCAUUCCUCUCAACAAGCCCCUGUCCCAGGUGCUCCUGAAAGGACAAAGGGAUGGCAUCUACCUCUACCCUGAUGGAAAGAACCACAACCCAGACCUGACUGAGCUGUGCCAGGCAGAACCCUACCAGCGCAUUGAAGUGUCGGAGGAGCAACUGCAGCUCUACGAAGCCAUGAACUCCACAUUCGAGCUGUGCAAGAUCUGCGCUGAGAGGGACAAAGACGUGAAGAUCCAGCCUUGUGGACAUCUUCUCUGCAGCCACUGCCUGGCUGCCUGGCAGCAGUCGGACAGCCAGACCUGUCCCUUCUGCCGUCGGCAGAUCAAAGGCUUUGAGGCUGUGAGUAUCUGUCAGGCACAAGAGAGGUCAGUGGAGGUCAGGAAGACUGCAGAGGACUCAAGAGACAACUAUCCCCAGGGGACUGCACACUGGGAGCUGGAGCCGGUGACUCCCUCUGAGCCUCCACUGCCCCCUGAAGAUCGGUCCCCUAGGAGACCCCAAGACAAAGGCUGGCUGGCAGUGGCGCCCAUCACCCUGCCCAGACUCCGAGCUCCACUCCCUUUACCGAAAAUAGCCUCUGUCCUGUGGGAAGUCACCGACAGGCCCCAGGCCAGGCAGGGGGACACAGAAAGCUCCUGAGUGGGAACGCACCCCUCCCUCCAGCUGGCCCUCGCCGCCCCUAGUUGUGUCCAAGAUCCAGAGGCCAGGGCACCUGGACUGGAGGAAGAGAGCCCUGGGGCUGGGAGGGGUGACGAGCGGAAAUAAACUGAA